ACACAAACAAUAAUAAAGAAGAGAAAAGAAAGGGCAAAACAGUGCGCUUCAUGUUCAGUGUGUCGUAUAAAAGUCAUCUCCCUAUCCUUUCUGAUCUUUUUAGGGUUUCUAAUCGAAACAAAUCCCUUCGGUUCUUUCUUUGGUAUCCAGAGUUGAAAUCGAAAAUCAACAGCGACGAUGGCCAACUAUAACGAAGCGGAAUUCGUCGCUUAUCUCCCCGAAGAUCGAGCCAAAAAUUUGAUUGAACAUUGGGACAAGGUGGAAUCGUCUCUACAGAAGCUUGACAUUGCAUGCCAUUUCAUUGAGGGUCAGUUUUCAAGCAAGGGUAAACUGAUCACUACCAUGAGAGCAUUCCCAACCAAUAAGGCUUCAGAAGAUUCUAUUGCAAGGGCUAAGAAGCUUGUUGAACUCUUGUUUCUAACCUGUCUUCCCGUCCCUGUGGCAGUACAAGUAGCAAUCCAUGACAGGCCCUGUAAAGUCAUAAAGCUCGGGUACUCGAAUGGUGGGCUUCGCGCCCGAUUUAAGAUCGACAAGGAGAAAUUUGACAAACGUAAGAAGCGUUUUAAGAACCACAUGAAGAAAAUCGCAGACCUGACAGAAACUAAUCUCUACCUCAGCGGAUGUAAUCUUGCUGUUACCGGUAGAUCUGCCCUUGGUUCAUCUGUCGGGCUUUUGAUGGUCAAGAGGAUCGCUUUUGCACUGUUUGUUGAGAAUAUGAUGCCUGAAAACGUCGUCCAGAGGAUUGAGAAGAAUAAGAAAGCGCUGUUGGAUGCAGGAAAACUUUAGUUUAAGGCGAUGUGAUGACCUGAACCACAUGAAUGCGUUUCAUGGGUUGACGGCUGUUGUGUUAAAUUUCGUUGCAUUUUGUCUGUGUUAAGUUUCAUGGAUGUUUAAUCAAGUACUACCUCUGUCUCUUUUGUGUACUGACAUGUUCUUACUUUCUGUAAUAACUACAAUGACGGCCACUGAAUUUAAGGAA